AGAGAGAGAGAGAGAGAGAGAGAGAGAACACAACUGUUUUUAACACUGACAAUAAUCACAGCCUCGAUGAGCAGCAGAGCUCUUUCAAAGAAAUGCAUUGCUCUUUCAGAGAAGCCGAGCAUCCGUCUGGUGAACGGCCUCAACGGCUGUCAGGGCCGAGUGGAGGUGCUCUACUUCACCGUCUGGGGCACGGUGUGCGACGAUGACUGGGACAUGGACAACGCUCUGGUGGUCUGCAGACAGAUGGGAUGCGGGGCGCCGAUCGCAGCCAAGUCUCUGGCUUACUUCGGCUACGGCUCCGGCCCCAUACUGCUGGACAACGUGGACUGCAGCGGCAGCGAGCAAAAGCUGUCCGACUGCUUCAACCUGGGCUGGGGUCAGCAUAACUGCGGCCAUUACGAGGACGCCGGGGUCAUCUGCGCACCGCCUUCGGACCUUAACGCAGCCGGAAGAGACUUUGGCUUCGGAAUCACCGAGAAACCUACAACUUCAAUAGCGACUACGACCACAACUCCAGCAGACG